CUCUACUUUAUUUUUCAGUGAUUGGCCAGGUAAAAAUGUCCAAAACAAGGAACUUUACCCUAACCCCCUGUGUCAAACUGUUAGCUUGAGGCAUUGCUAAAACGAAGCACACCGACAGGACAACCAGCUGUAGGUAAAUGAAUGUUUCUCUUUCUGUUGACUUGUCUGUCGAGCACAAAAUUACAGCUUCACGUCUCGGCACGAGCUUUUAUCAUCAAUCAUCUCCAAUCAAAUGCUGAUCCGGCGUUUUGCGCAUUGCUGAUUGGUUGAUUUACGGGGAGGGCGGGCGCAUUCCUGUUAUGUGCGAUGCAGCAGUGACUUCAGUAUUUGACUGUGAGUAGCUAAUGGGACAGACGAGACACUCACCUGAUACAGGACUGUCCCCCACAGUGUUCAUCUUUAAACAGAAGAUUUCAAACCAUUAUGAAGAGUUUGAAGGCAAAGUUUAAAAAGACUGAGAGUCAGGACUGGAAUAAGAGUGAUGAGAGGCUCCUGCAGGCUGUGGAGCAGAAUGAGCCUGACAAAGUUAUGGCUCUCCUCAUCAAAAAAGGUCUCUGUCCUACUAAACUGGAUGCUGAGGGCAAGUCAGCGUUCCACCUUUGUGCAUCCCGAGGCCGGCUAGACUGUCUGGAGGUCAUCAUCGCUCAAGGAGCAGAUGUGAACGUCACUGAUGGUGCUGGCUUCAGCGCUCUGCACCUCGCAGCCAAAAACAGCCAAUCAGAGUGUUUGAAGAGACUCUUACAGGAAGGAUUAACAGUGGAUUGCACUGAUAGCAUUGGUAGGACAGCGCUUCAUCAUGCAGCAGUCAGUGGCUGCUUAUCUUGCACUGAGACCCUGUGGGACUUUAAAGCUAGUCUGGAUGUCCAGGAUGAGGACGGGGCCACUCCUCUGAUCCUUGCAGCACAGAUGAGCAGAGUGGAGCUUUGUGCUUUUCUGCUGGGCCGAGGCGCCGAUGCAAACAUUCAAGACAACCAGGAAAGGUCUGCAUUGAUGCUGGCGUGUGAGAGCGACAGUAUGGAGACCGUAGAAGCUCUACUGAGAGGUGGAGCCAACACACAGCUUGCAGACGCUCUUGGACAUAAGGCCAUGGACUAUAGCAUAACUACAGGCAACCAAAGCAUCAUUCAUAUGUUGGAGAAUGGAGUCCCUCCAGCCUCCCCAAAUCCCCUCAGGUGCCUCAUCAGUGCAAGGGGGAACAACCCCCCGCAAAAGGAAAGCUCCUCCACCGCCCCGCUCUCCUCUGCAGAUCCCAACUUUGCCUCCCACUCCACGGCCAAGGAGUCCUGCUCCAUCUGCCCAGUCCCCUGAGCCCCUGUC